AUGGACAAGCCGUCCACUCCCGCCGUCGCCUCGCUGGCCCCGCCGGCCGUCCAGUCGCUGCGAGCUCAGCAGACGACGGCCAUGGAGAGAUCCAUCAGCCAGGACAUCCGGGAAGAGCGUGAGGAACUGCGAGAGGCGGCCGAGCAGACGCUGAAUGCCAUUGCAUACCUUAACCUCGACGGCACCAUCAAGUGGGUUAGCCCUUCUUGGACCGACGUUGUUGGCACAAAGGUCGAAUCCGUCGAGGGUGUACCCAUUUCCGAUUUGAUAGCCAGCGAAAACAAGUCCAUCUUUACCGAUGUAGUUGAGUCGAUGAAGAGGGACGACUCCAAGAGCCACAGGGUCCGCUUCUCUGUCGUCUUGGGCCCUCUGUCAAAGUUACGCUCGUUGGACAGCCUUUCGGCUCUCGAUCCAUCACAAGUCCCACAAACGGAGGUGGCCGAUCUCGAGGCACAGGGUAUCAUGGUGUACGACAGUGCCUCGGGCGGUGAAAGCCAUACAAUGUGGAUGAUUCGUCCGUGGAUACCACACGAAGUUCAAAUCGAUCUCCCCGCCGUGAUUGUCGACUCCCUAGGCUCGGGUGUCGAAAUCCUCGCCGGUAUCCUCACCCGCAUAGCAGAAGCUGCAAGCGAAGAAUCAGAAGGGCCAGAACCUCCGCCUCCAGUUCUCUGCCGCAUUUGCGAGCGUCAGAUACCGCCCUGGUGGUUCGAAAAGCACACGGACCUGUGUCUCCAAGAGCACCAUGCUGAAAUGGAUGUGCAAAUGGCUCAGGAGAGCCUGAGUGAGCAUAGAAACCACAUUGUCAAGGUCCUUGACGCUCUAGAAUCACGCAAGAGCCGAUCAUUGACUGGCGGCGACUCGCCCAAUCUUCCCGUCGCCGAAUACAAGGGCCAGCCUAUUGGCCCUCCGCCAUCGGCACAAUCAUCCCCUGGGACUUCGCUCGCUCGUUCGCGAGAAAGACCAGGCGGGUUCGGACACGCCAGAGCCCGUUCCUUUGCCAUUCGUCGACCACAAGCACGUAUCGUUGAGCUCCUGUUGGAUCUAUGCGAUACCGCCAUUGAAAUCAGCUGCCCGGGUAUCAAGGAGAGCUCUUCGCAGCAUGGCAACUGGGAACUGCGCACCCAAUCACCUCAAUCGGAAUCGAGAAUCUCGCAAGUGCUCCAAUGGCAGUCGCCAAGCUCCAACACUCUCGAGCAAGAACAAGGUCUGGCAUUGCUCUGCGAGGAUACUGAAAAGGUGGCUCGAGCCAAGGUGGAUGCUGUCUUCCGCCAUCGGCAGAUUAUUGAAUAUGCGGAGCGAAUUCGCAUCGAGUUUGCGGUUCUCGUGCAAGACUGUAUUGAUGAGGCGACCAGAAAAGCCGCUCGCAUUGCCGAGGGUCGGUUUAGUGAUUCCACCGAAGACGAGCUUGAUGAGUCGGAAGCAUACACAGAAGACAUUGAAGUGAGGAGUGAAACCACCGAGCCGACGAGCCACGCCGGCGAAGAGCAUUUUGAUCACUCCAUUACCAGCCCUUCUGCCUUAGCUGCAGCACUUCGUCAGGUCGACAUGUCCGGGGGACUUGGACGGUCUCGCCCGACAUCGUUUGUGGGAUCUACUAGAUCUAGUAGUCCUAGAGAAUGUCCAACUCCUCGGUCUCAUCCGGGUGGGUUGAGCAUUCUAAGUCAAUCUCGAGAUUCACGCCGAGGGUCAACCCUACCGCUCGAGAGCGACAUUGGCGAGAGCGAGGGAAGCCUACGAUCAUCAUCAGUAGCCUCGCGAGGGCACAACAGGACCGAGUCGCCCAUUUCUGAAUUCGGCGAUCUAAGACGUGCAGCGAGCUCCAGGAGGCACAGGCGAAGCUUAGUGAUCCCAGAGACAGCUUCUCCUCGGCGGCAAGAAUCCCCGUCACGGAUGAUGACGCAACCAUCCUCUCCUCUGAGAAUCAAGGCUCGGGUUCUGCCUCAAGCGCACGAGUCAAUCAUUUCCCCCGAGGCAUCACCAAUGUUUCCUAGUAGCGAAUUCAGCUCCCCCAUUACUCAUCCGUCUCGACAUCACAGGAGACAGUCUUCAGCCGCAAUAUCUGACUUCGUCAUGAAGCCGCCGCCGUCUCCACGUCUCAAUGCUGGAAAUCAGCCGCCGCCGCAGCCCCGAUCGUCGCAGCCGUCGAUCAAAGACUUCGAGAUUAUCAAGCCCAUAAGUAAAGGAGCAUUUGGCAGCGUCUAUCUCUCGAAAAAGAAAUCUACUGGAGAAUAUUUCGCCAUCAAGGUGCUGAAAAAGGCCGACAUGGUCGCCAAAAACCAGGUCGGAAAUGUCAAGGCGGAGCGUGCUAUUAUGAUGUGGCAAGGACAAAGCGAGUUUGUUGCGAAGCUGUACUGGACAUUUUCUAGCAAGGAUUAUCUAUAUCUUGUCAUGGAGUAUCUCAACGGAGGCGAUUGUGCCUCCCUCAUCAAAGUGCUGGGUGGCCUUCCUGAAGACUGGGUCAAAAAGUAUCUUGGAGAAGUUGUCUUGGGCGUGGAGCAUCUUCAUGAGAGAGGGGUUAUCCAUCGAGACCUCAAGCCCGAUAACCUGUUGAUCGAUCAAAAGGGCCAUCUGAAGCUGACUGAUUUUGGACUUUCGCGCAUGGGUUUAGUAGGUCGACAGAAGAGAGCGUUGAACAGUGACGCAGAUUCUACUCCAGACUUGCUCAAGCAGGGACCAUUCGUGCGUUCUACGUCCAUGGCAUCCUCACGAUCAACAUCGCUCGAUAUCCAGGGCCAGACGUAUUCUCCCAGCGCAACGCCACAGAUGACACCGGAUGUCGGGAGCAUUGGCCAGCCGUCGUACUUCAGUCUCGGCCCUGCUCAGUCCGACCCACGCCGCAUUUCGAAUAGCCAUCGAAGCGACAGCGGUGGGAGCGAGACGCUGAGCCGCAUGGUCACUACGUUCUCCAUCCAUGACUCCGACUCGGGUUCUCAGCCUGCAAGCGCUAGGAUGUUCUUGGAUGAGGAUGCUGUAAUUCACGGAUCACCAGAUCUGGCACCAUAUUCAACCGCCAGAACUAGCAUGGACAGCCACGGUCGAAACUCUCACCCGCCACCAAACAUGAUACCGCCUCCCAUGGCAUUGUUUGAUCCCGAAGAUACAAACAGGCGCUUCGUCGGAACUCCAGAUUAUCUAGCCCCAGAAACGAUCAAGGGAGACAAGCAAGAUGAGACGAGUGAUUGGUGGUCUGUCGGAUGCAUCAUGUUUGAGUUUCUGUACGGGAUCCCGCCAUUCCACGCGGGUGAAGCCGAGCAGGUUUUCGAGAACAUCUUGGCCCGCAAGAUCCAAUGGCCAGAUGAUGCAGACUGUGAGCCGGUGUCUGAUGAGGCCAAGGACUUGAUCAACAAGCUGUUGUGCAUGGAUCCCCCGCAACGUUUAGGUUCCAAUCGUGAAGAAAAAUUUGCUUCUGGUGGUGAGGAGAUACGAAGCCAUCCCUGGUUUGCAGGAGUCAAUUGGGAAACCUUGUUGGAAGAUGAGGCUCAGUUCGUUCCUCAACCAGAGAACCCCGAGGAUACCGAAUACUUUGAUUCGAGAGGAGCCGUCCUUCAAUCGUUCGUAGAGGAGAUGGAGGACCAAAUGUCGCCCCAAUCUUCCACGACCGGGUCCACUGAUUAUCCAGAUAGGCCGCACGACGCCCUUUCGCGUGUCCGUUCGCAAGUAAACCAAGCGGGUAGGAAGCUGAUGCCACUACACAUUCCCCCUCACGUGCGGGACCUCAAAUCACGGAGGCUGAGCGAGCCAAUUGCUGCCGAUGACUUUGGUAGCUUCUCUUUCAAGAACCUGCCUGUAUUGGAAAAGGCAAACAAGGACGUGAUCCAGAAGCUUAGGGCAGAGGCCCUGGCAGUCCAAAGCAAGCAGUCAGCCGUUAGUCCCGGAGGGCUUGGAGGACUUGGAGGAGUGCCAUCUCCAGCACCGUCGCUUGAAGGCAGCCCCGUGGUAUCAACGCAUAUUCAAAGAACAUUGUCCAAUGCAAAGGCUCGCCCGCAAUCCCCAUCCGGCUUAAGCCUCGCGAAUGCGUCUCCCAAUAGGAUUUCGCAGGUCUCGCAGCCUUCACAGCCUUCAUCUCCUUUGCUGGUCUCUUUCACGGCAGCCGGACAAGUACCAUCAGAUGGCCGUAGAAAGGCAUCAAGUAACUCAUCCAGCUUGUCGUACCAAUCAUCAUCUUCUCUGCAGCCAAAUUCCGCCUUUGAGAUACCAAAAGUUCCCCCUAGCCUACAGAGGGCUGCAACAUCCGCAUCUGCAUCGCCGAUUAAACCCCGUAAUGGAAACACGGUGCCACCUCCACUUGCAUUGUCUCCAGGAAAAGUGUUGGCAACGCCGGUUCGGCAGGGAAGCACAUCUUCGACGAGCCGAUCGAGGUCCCUGACUGUGGGGUCGCAAGAAGCCAGCCCCAUAGCAACAGACAUGCUCCAGCAUCACCACCGCAAUCGUCGAAGCCAAGUGUUUGACAUGUCCCCCUCAUCAUCAGACAACGAAGGAGACAAGCAUAACGCUCUCUUGAGGGUCCAGCGGCGUCGGCAAAGCUCACGGCGACUCUCUCAGAUUGCCUUUGACAACGGACCGACAUUCCGACCCUUGGACGUGCUCAUCUGUGAAGACCAUCCCGUGUCUCGGAUGGUGAUGGAGAAACUGCUUGAGAAGCUACGCUGCCGCACCAUUUCCGUGGCUAACGGAUCGGAAGCAGUGCGAUAUUCGAUGAGCGAGAUCAAGUUUGACAUCAUCUUCCUUGAAUACAGACUUCCACAGAUCAAUGGAGCCGAUGUGGCCCGCAUGAUACGAGAGACCAAGAAUGCCAACUCGCACACCCCCAUUGUAGCUAUUACGGCCUAUCUGAAGGAACUGCAGGCGCCACACUACUUUGACUCGCUCAUUGAAAAACCCAUCAGCUCCUCAAAACUAACAGAGGUGCUUCGGAGCCUCUGCCAGUGGCAGCCCGAAUCCCCGCACCGGCCGGCUAUACCAUCCAUGCCACAAACUAUUCCGCUUAACCUGAGGAGAGCUCAUCCCCCUCGUCCAAUCGAUGACAGUCCAACGUCGAGCAUCUCUGCGUUUACGGGCCGCCAUGCAUCGGCGAUGGUGUCAAGCCGGGAAGAUUCCAUCACAUCUAGCAUGUUUGGGGAUUCGGAGUCUUACACUACGGAUGAGAUCCCGGUCGUCAUCAGCCGCAAGGCAACCGGUGAUUGGGGGGAUGACAGCGGUGGCCUUGGAAUCACCGACAUGGACGCGGCAGCUGGGCUUGAUAAUUCACCUAAAAGCAUACCCUUGCUCCUAUGCCAGCAGUCGGCACCAGCACACCUAGAAGUCAUGUCGCGCGGUCUUGAUAACCGUCUCAAGGUUAGGCAGGACAUUUUUGACAAGAAGCCUUCAGAAGGCACCGAGUCCGCGGACGACGAAGAUGAAGAGCUUGAUGGCAAGAGAGACAUGCAGCUGAGACGGGGAAGCAAGGCUGUGAUUGGAAAGGGCACAUUACCGAGCUCGAAGCUUGGCAUUGAAAUGAUGCGAGCGGAUAGCCAUGAUAGCGUCACAUUGUCAGAUAGCACAUCAGAAGCCGUGACGCAGGUAGCAACAACACCUUCCCUUGAAUUGGAGAGACAACUAGUCGGUAUGCCUCCAGACAUGGCGGCAGCACUGAGCACGCCAAACAAGACUGGGGCGGCCGAGGCCGAUCUAGAAGGCAUACUGGGCCCCGGGAGCACCGAGGCGACACCGAGACCACCCGUAGCCGGGACAGACACAGAUCGGACUGACAGCGGGGAUUCGGUGGUGAGAAUUCAACUAGAAGGAGACGACUCAACAACACCAAGGGCCUUGGGCAAACAAGCUUGA